GUGGUGGUUUGGCGCCAGCAGUUUCGCGGGGUAACAGUGCACGAAACAGCACAACAGAAGAAGAAAAGGUGGCCAAGAUACGAAACAUUAAAAGCUGCACUUCAGAGUUAACGAUCCAUACAGUGAAGUGUAGCGGCCGCUGAACUGAAGCGCAUUUGCUGCCUUCCUUUGAUGCUGUGUGUGUGUUUGUCCCCUCUGAUAACUCCGACCUAGCUGUGUCUACAGUGGCGGGUGAUCGCAGCUUCACCUACUUCUCACCGAGGCGAGAAGCUGAGUAAUAAUGAUGGCGACGGCAGGGCCUCCGAGCGCCUCCAGCUUCCUUCCUCUCCUUGAGUCUCUGGAGGACAACACUGCUGGACAGUCAGAGCAGACAGAUGCCUACCUCACCAUUGCCAAUCGGCUCAGUGGAGAGGAGGGGCGCCAGUUCCUCCCUGCAGUUGAAAAGCACUUUCCUCGCUUGGGUAAAGUCAUCUUGGAUCACAUAACCAGUCCAAAUGCUGAGCUGAGCCAAGCUGCCCUACAAGCCUUGGGGUUUUGCGUGUACCACUCUCAUGUUGUCUCUGGAGUGUCAGAAGUCUUUGCAGCAGAAUUACUGUCAGCACUUUGCUCCCUGGUGGCAAAGUCAGCUGAUAAGAACACUUGCACCAGAGCAUUAUGGGUCAUUUCCAAACAGAGUUUUCCUGCAGAAGUAGUUGCUAAAAAAGUGCCGUCCAUACUUGGAACUCUGGAGAGUGUGUGGAAAAGAGAGGACAUACACUCUGUGGUAAUGGAGCAUGAAGCCUUGAAUGUCAUCAUCAGGAUGCUGGAGCAGGUUCCCACUCAGAUGGGUGAAGGAGCAGUGCAGUGGGCAAACCUGGUCAUCCCGCUGGUGGUCCACUCUGCAUCCAAGGUGCGUCUGCGGGCUGCUGCAGCCAUGGAGAUGGGUAUGCCCCUCCUACUGGAAAAACAGACGGAGGUGGCUGCUGUCAUUGAACCGAUGAUGUCCACAAAACUGAUCCCAGAACUGCAGAAACUUUUCAUGUCAAAGAAUGAAACCAAUGUCCUGAAGCUGUGGCCUUUAUUUGUGAAACUGCUCGGGAAGCUGCUGCACAGAGGUGGUCCCUUCAUCAACUCUCUGCUGCACCUGGAAGAGCUUGGUUUCCGAAGCUCGUCUCCUACCAUUAAGAAGAUAGCCUUCCUUGCCUGGAAGAGCCUCAUAGACAACUUUGCUCUGAAUCCAGACAUCUUGUGCAGUGCCAAACGCAUGAAGCUCCUGAUGCAGCCCCUCACAUCCAUCCACGUCAGAACAGAAGCCCUGCUGCUCACCAAGGUGGAGGUGUGGUGGUACCUCGUGGUCCAACUUGGGCCCAACUUGUCACCUAACUUUGAUCAGGUUUCUGUACCUCUGCUUCAGUGCACCAUCGGCUCCGACUCCCCUUCCAUACCAGGCACUCCUUCUAGAGGUGUCACUCAAAAUAGUGCUGUUACACCUGGUACACCCAAGACUGCAGGCACGCCAGGCUUCAACAGUCCAACUAACACAUCUCGGAUCAGCCUGAACUCCAGCGUCCAGCUCGCCUCCGCAAUCCCCUCGAUCCAGCUGCUCGGCCUGGAGAUGUUGCUGCACUAUUUUCUGGGACCGGAGGUUGUUGCAGCUGCAGCAAAAAACAAACUCACUCUGAGUCUCGAGCCCUUGAACCACCCACUCCUCUCUGGUGCUUCCUCAUUUACUAAGCAUGCUGCUGUGCUCAUCUCGAACACCAGAGAUGGCUUCACCAACAUUGGAAAAGAUGCUCCAGAUUCUCUUCUGACCCUCAUAUGGACAAGUCUUGUCCAGUUUGUCAACUUAACUAUAGAGUCUGGCAGUAAGAAGGACCGUCAGGGAAGUGAAGUACUGACCCUGAUGCUUCAAGCUCUGCAGAGUAUCAUCACCUCAGAAGCUCUGCGUGCAGACAGAGUCCUGGUUCUGUUUGAAGCCACAGUGAAAGGAAUUCCCCAGAGAGUCCUCAGUUCUGCAUCUUAUCAAGUGGGAAAGAUGGACGUGCUAAAUGGAACACCUGCGCUCUUCCUCAUCCUCCUCCUCUACAACAGCAGCAUGCUUCCAGCCUACAUCAAGGAUGAGAGGUUUUUUCACUGCCUUCAAAAGUUGGUUGGCUGCGGCCUGUCGGGCCCCACCUCCCCUCUGGCAUUUGCAGAAGCGGUGCUGGGUGCCAUCAGCUUCAGCGCCGGGUCUCUACAGAACCAGGAGCAGCUGUUGAGGAUGUGGAGUGUAGUGGUCAGUUCCCUCACUGACAUCAUCACACAGACUAAUGAAGUGAACCAAGGCGAUGCUCUGGAGCACAACUUCAGUGCCGUGCACUCUGCCUUGAUGCUGCCCAUCACGCAUCUCUUACACGGCUCACCCCUUCCACAGGUGGCCCAGAAGUCAAUGCUUUCUUCUUGGUCCAAGCUCUACAAAGUAUUUGCUCGCUGCUCUGCGCUGGUGGUCACAGCCGAGGAGAACAUCUGCUGCGAGGAGCUCUGUGCAAAGAUGGCAGCCUCAAUAGACAGAGAAACCUUAAUGGUUCCUUCCACGUUAAAUGCUGUUGCCAGUAUCCUCCAUGUCAUGGUCGAGUGUGUGGACUUCUCUCCGUACACUCCUCAGUUUCAACAGAAACUCAAGUCUCCUCAUACUCCUGUGAACUGGAUGCGAAAGAGGAAUAAAGCCCUGGGCAACCUGUUUAUGUUCCAGUCCCUGUUGGUACAAUGUCUAGAGGUUUAUCUGGAUGCCCCUGAGACCUCCUCUGAAGCAACAGGGCUGGCCUUGGUCUCUAUCCUUUCUGCUCUCUUUACCAACCUCGUCCUGGCCAGUGCUGUCCAGGAGGCUCUGAACUCUAUGAUUCAACCUCUCACCCUCUUCUAUAAACAUGCAGCCAGUGAUCCACCCAAAUUCAACUCUCAGGUUCUGGGAAAGUUGGAGAAGCUUCUUGGUGAAGUUUUCAGCUGCUUGCAAACUCGUUCCACCCUGGCUUACAAUGAUGAACUUCUGGCUGUGCUCUCCCCUCUGCUGUGUGUGGUGUUUCCUCACAAGAACAAGCACCUCCGCACCUCAGUCACCCACUUCUGGAACUCCACCUUUGCCAACGCAGUCAGCCUCACUUACCCUGAUGAGAUCAGGCCAUUACUGAGCCAAGUGAAGCAGAAGACCCCAAUCAUUCUUCCUGGGUUCGAGGUCGUCAGUGUUCCUGAUGAGCUCAGUGGACAGUAUUCGAGUGAGAAUUCUCAGUUGGAGACGAAGCUCAGCGGGAUGCCGGUUUCAUCUGUGGGGAAGAGGGACUCGCUGCUGGGAAAGACUGCUGAGCUGAAGGAGAAGAGCUCCAUCAAGAACCCCAAACCAGUUUCUACAAAGCUGGACUUUGGUUCUCCCAAGCCACCCCGCAGGGAGGUUUUGGAAGAAGAGGCAUCCAUCGACUUUGUGUUCAUUCCUCCUGAGGCGAAGGAGAGAGUUCUGACAGAGCACCAGAAAGAAGUGAAAAGGACUAAAAGAGUUGACAUUCCUGCCAUGUAUAACAACCUUGAUGCCUCUCUGGAUACCACUGCCUUCACCCAGUACACACAGAGCCAAGAAGACUCUUUGGAAAAACUGCCAGCUGAACAAGCGGAUAUUGUUACCAAUGAUGCUCCUGGCAAGCUUCCUCAGACAGACAUUGAAAUUAGGGAAGAUGCUGAAGUUCUAACAGAAGAGACUCAAGACUAUGCCAGCCCAAAAGAUGCAGAGAAGUCGUCAGAAAGUAAUGAGCAGGAAGAGAUUAUCCCCAAGUGUGCAGAUGUUUUGAUGGAGGAGCAUCCCAAGAGUGAUGAUGUGGACAUGGAGUCCAAAGAAGGCACAAGCCCAAACAUCUCUGCCUCAUCAGAUUUGGUUUCAGGGACUCCCCAGAAGUCCAACAGUCGUCGUCAAUCUUUUAUUACUCUAGAGAAGUAUGCUGAGGGAAAACCUGCCAGCCCCAGCACUGCAUCCUCAUUUACAGGCCCCCUUGUAAAGAUCUCCAAUAGCCAAGAAUGCUCUAAAACCAACAAGACAUCUGCCUCUCAGGCUUCACGCCCUGUCACUACUCCAGACUCUCAGGAUUCCCAGUCCCCUCAGACAGGAGAAUGUAACUCUCAGUGCUCAGUUAGCAAUAUCCCAGAGUCCCCUCGAAGACCCAAAGACUGUAGGACAAAAACUGAGCCUGUAAAGCUGACUGAGAGACUGUGUAGUGACUCAAUAGAGGACGAAAAUGUCAUCCCAGAUACUCAGACUGAAAUGGAGAGCAUAGAAAGGGCUUCUGUUUCACAGGAAAUAAUUCCCUCAAGCCAAGAAGAGGAAUCUGAAUCAGCGCUAGAGGAUUCUCAGUCAUCUUCAUCUCCCAGUGAACCUAGGCGAUCUGGACGCCACAGAGUCAGACCUCUGCUCCCUGGAGAGGACCCAGAGGAACGGGAAGCCAAAUAUACACAGUUCAAAAGGAGACGUUCUGGAGAGGAGCCUACCGGUGAUUUUCCAAAAUCUGACUCGAUGCAAAACAGACCAAACACAAGAAGUAAGCAAGCUGCAGAGGAGAUGGGUAGAGACAGAUUGCGGUCAAGAGCUCAGAGAGACUCAGGUGAGUUGAGCCAAACCAGUUCUCAAGGUAGAGCACGCAAGAGGGUCAAACUGAACAACAGUUUACAGGAGCUCCUUGAUAAGCCUGAACGUAGAAAGAGAAGCACCAGUGAGCAUGGAUCCAGCCAAACUGCUGUAAGAUCAGACAAGCAAUCUAAUCAAGAAAGCCAGUCACAGGGUAGACACAAUCGGCAGAGCAAAGCAUCCUUGGAGGUCAGUGAUAAAGAUGGAUUGGACAAAAAGGUUUUGCCUGACAAAAAGGAGUAUGAUCAAACUGGCACACAUACACAUGUAAAACAGACUGAAAAAGACAAGGAGCCAGACACAGACUCCCAGACGGUCAGUCAUUCUCAAACUGACACCAAGUCCCAAGAACUUGUUCUUGUAGGACAAACAGAAAACGAUGGCGAGAAGCUGAAAGAUUCUGAAAUGGUCAUGUCUUCACCUCAAGUUAAAGGCCAGUCUCAAGAGUCUGAGCCUGUAGGAAAUGCCGAAAAGGAUUCUCAAGUAGUCACUUCUUCUCCAGUUUACGAGUCCCAGGUUGUCACAAGUACGACGAAGAAGCUCAGCAAAGAACUGCUCAAGGACGAACACAACAAAGUAGAAACUAUAGAAGACUCUCAAGUGAACACACCUUCAUCUACUGAUAGCCACUCUAAACGUAGAUCAAGAAGAAGCAAGGCAUCAUCUGAGGUAGCAGAAUCUGAAGAAAAAAACUACAAUACAGAUUCAUUAGGAAGGCAGACGAGAUCUAAUUCUCAGAUAACAGGAUCUGUGGUCAGUCAGGCAGAGGCUCAAAGUGGAGGUAGGACAAGAAGAAGCAAGGUACUAGAGGAGCAAUCAAAAUCAAAUCCUAGCUAUACACCGGAGAGCUCUCAGUCAUUAGUCAUUCCUGGUUCGGAGUCUUCCCAAGGAAAGGGCAGAUAUUCUACACGAAGGUCCGCCCCAGCGUUAUUAGCAAGUAUGGAGUCCUCAGAAUCUGAAUCCCCUGAGGUCACAGAAAAUUCAGUCAGUCCCAAAAAAAAGAGGGGGAGGAAGUCUCGAGCAUCUCUUCAGAGUCUUCCUACCAUCGAGUCUAAGGAUAAAAUUGACAAUAUGGAAAAGGUUGAUAGCAGUGCUUUUCCUGAGUCAGAUAUUCAAAGCACAGAAUCAAAAGAUGUAACUGACUUAGAGGAAUCAAAAACCCAAGAUUUGCCUAGUUCUGAAUCCAUCCAGUGUACAGGUACCGUUCAAAGUAAAGAAGAAUUGCCAAUGGAAGUAGAUAUUGUUGUAGUUCCGGAAACUGAGGCCGAUGACUCAAAGCAGAGGAGUGUGUCAGCUAGUGAGCGAGAGCAGACAAACAGGGACGAUCUCUCCACACAUAACACAGGGGACUCUGAAAUCAUUGAAUCUGUUGAAAUCUGUAGUGAAAAAGCACCAGAAGAGUUGCCCCAUAACCCAUGUUUAUCUACAGUGGAAACACUUGUGCCCCCUGAUGAAACAACACAGAGAGUGCAAGUCUGGGGGUCUUCAGAGGAGAAAGUUGAUCAAGUCCUUGAAUCUGGGGAAGUGGUAACAGAAAAACAAAAGUUGGAUUCAAAAUCAGACCCCCAAGGACAUCUAGAGGAGGACACAGCUGAAGGUCAUUCGCAAAACCAGAUGGAGCGUCAAGAGGUUGCUGGUGAACGUUCAGAGGAGGAGCAGCAUGAUGCUUCAAACCAGCAUUCAGAGGCUAGUGCUGAGGAAGAGACAACACCUCUAGCGGAGAGUAAAAAAGAUGGUGAGAUCACGGAAGAAGAACAGAAUACUGCCAGCGCUGAUGCUUUGACUGAUGUUUGCAGCACUUCAUUGUCCUCAGAACAUACAAGCAAAGGUGAUUUUCAGGAUUCUCCAGUGAAACAGAAGGACCUGGAGGCUGUAAUGGGUCCAGAUGUUGGACAUAGCCCCAACAGUGGCAGGACCAGAGGGACCUGGUCUCCUUCUGCUUCACCCUCUACCAGUAUUCUUAAGAAGGGCCAGAAGAGACCACUGGAAGUGGACACUCCCUCACCGCUUGUCAAAUCCAGGCGUGUCUCUUUUGCUAAUCCAAUCCAGCAGCAGGAAACUGCAGACGACAUUGAUCGUCGCAGCCCAGCCAUCAGAACCAGCUCACCUAGAAGGUCCAGAGUCACCAGUAUCCCACAACCAAAGCAUAUCACUACUCCAACAAAGGGCUUGGUGAUACUGAGUCCCAGAAAUUUGCACAGUCCAGGUUACAAGAGCUCCAAGAAAUGCCUGAUUUCUGAAAUGGGCCAAGAACCUCGACCUGUCUCCAAAGACUGCAUCUACCCCGCCCUGGUUGGCUGCUCUACACCUGUGGAAGCUGUGCUACCUCAGAUAUCCUCUAACAUGUGGUCUCGUGGUUUUGGGCAGCUCGUUCGUGCCAGAAACAUUAAAACGGUGGGUGACCUCAGUGCUCUGACUCCCAGUGAAAUCAAGACUCUGCCAGUUCGCUCCCCAAAGAUUUCCAAUGUGAAAAAAGCACUUAAACUCUAUGAACAACAGCGUAAAGGACGGGGUGGGGAUGAAUUGAAGAGUUUUGAUGAAACUGAGAUGAUGACCUCUGAACUUGAAGAGACAAGUGCUCCUCAGAACCCCGAGGAGGAGAAUAAACCUUCAGGUGACUCACUGGCGACAGAGCUGGUGGACGAGCCUGUGUGUGCAGAUGGGAGACCUGAGCAGGAUGCCUCUAGGAAUCACACACCUGAGAUGCCAGAUGGAGAUGAGAAACUUGAAGGCCAACUGCCCCCUGACGGCCUGCCAUCAGAGGUGGAGGCCCUGUCCCACAGGAUGACACCACAAGAAUUGAGAGUCUGCUCUCCACAGCAGCUCGUUGACAUGCAUGAUCAAUUAGGAGGCAUGAUGAGACGUGUGGUGGCGGAGCUGCAAACUCGCCUUUGCCAGACAGACUGCAAACACUGAAGCAUCAGCCUGCUGUAUCUUUCAGGACAACAAAGGAUAAAGUUGUUUUUAAUCUGUCCAGACUUAGAUGAUCCUGGUUCAGUGUACAAAGGAAGAUUUUAAGGUUUUAAUGUACUAUGCCUCUUUUUUUUUUUUUUUUUUUGUUAGUUUUUCCUUUUUGCUUGAAGGACUCUUUAAUAAAUGCGAGCAGGACAUUUGACAUCUCUCGUGCUUAUCUUGAGAUGAAGUCUACAGAUUUAAGAAACACUCAAAGGGAAGCACAAUUGCACAGUGGGGAUUUUUAAUAGCUCCAGUCUCAGUGUUUUGGCUUUCAACUUUCCCCUGCAUGUGGUCUUAAAGGACUGAUGGACAAUUAUAAAGCAAAUAAGUUUUCCCCACAUGCAGCUGAACCUUCAUGCUUUGUAAAUAUGCUUCUCUUAGUCAUCCACGUGCCGUUCCUCAGGCGGUUAAUUCCUCUGUGCUGUGAUAUUUUGUAGUAUUUCAGAGUUUUUGUCUUUUUGUCUUUUUGUCUCUUGCUUAAACAUCCUCUUUUUAUUGAGUAGAUAUUCAGCACUUCAUUCUUUGUGAUUUUAAAUGCUUAAAUAAAAGAACUGAAUACGAUCAUUUAUUAAACGCUUCAUUAAACAGGUCUGAAUUUCAAGUACACUUAUACUUGUAGGUCACUGCCAUUUUUACAGUUUCCUGCAUGAGUGUUUCAUGCUGGUGACAGCAAAGAUUUCUGCACCUAUGUUUACUUGUAGGAGCACAU